AUGAUCAAGAGACGCAACAGACCACAGCCACGGGUACGAGAAGCAUCGCCAGACACAGAGCAACCUUCAGAGCUAGAGGAAGACGAGGAUGAAGACAAAUCACUCCCCAUCUCGGAGCUCAUCGAGCUCAGGAAGCUCAGGAAGUCCAGACAAGGAAUUGAUGUUUCAAAGCUAUCAAAAGGCGAUGUCAAGAAGAGGAAGCGCAAAACUGCAGAGGAUGGACAAGAGGCCGAGGGCGGUCUGAGAGCUGGUGCGAGAGUGGAUGACGAAGAAGCCAGUACAGAUGCGAAAGCAAGGCGAGCCGUCCGAACGAGCAACUUCACGCAGCAGACCAACGUUUUGGAUGUUGACAAACACAUGAUGGCAUACAUUGAAGAGAAUCUAAAGAUUCGCAGCCGCCCCUCAGACCCAUCCGAGUCUAAGCCUGGGACAAGCGCUCAAGAUGAAUUUUCUCUUUCCGAGCGGUGGAAAGGAGAGAAGAAAGCUGCAGAUGAAGGCAAUGUUACCAACAGCAUGGCCAUGCUAACCGCCAUUCCCGAAGUUGAUCUCGGCAUGGACGCACGAUUGAAAAAUAUUGAAGAAACUGAGAAGGCGAAACGACAAGUUGCUGAGGUCCGCAAAGAACGCAAGCGACCUAAUGAUGAGGAGCAUCUCGUUGCAACUCGAUUCUAUCGGCCGCAUCUCAAGCAGAAGUCAGACGCAGAAAUCAUGCGAGAUGCCAAACUCGAAGCAAUGGGUUUACCACCUCAAGAAGACAGAAGACCUCGCGGUGAACGUCCGCAAAUGGCGACCGACGAAGUGGUGAUGGAGCGCUUCAAGAAAAGAAUGCGCAGGUGA